AUGGAGCACGCCGACUACGCGGGACCGUGCGGGAGAGGCGGAAAGGGCGCCACAGACGUCCAGACUCAGGCGUUCAAAAGGCAUGCUGCAACAACCAAGCACAAGGAGGCGUUCAAGCACCAGGAAAAACUACUCUCGGAAGCUUCCACCCAGCCACGGAUCAACGGCGAUAAUCUUGCUCGCGACACCGAGAAGGAACGUGUCAUCAAGCUGCUUGGCUCCCUCCUCUUUGUCACGAAGCAAGAUGCACCCAUAGAGUUAUGGGUGAAUCUUGUUCGGGAGGCGCUCGCAGCAAAAGACGAAGCUGAAGCACUCCCCGAGUUCGAGAUGGUCGACUCCCUCAUCCGCCAAGUGGCUGAGCAUUUGGGGCGUUCUGGCCCUUGGCAUCAGCCGUUUGUUGCGCUUCAGGAGGUUUUCACCGCCACAAACCUGGAGCUCCAAGGGAUUCACCAAGUACGGUGGCUCUCUAGGGGUGACGCCAUCUUGCGCGCGGUAGAGGUCUUCCCCGCGCUCAUCGUCAUGCUAUACGAGUGGGACAGCAGUCUGUACGAGCUCGCCACCAGUUACCGGUUUCACUUCCUGUUGUACUUCCUUGCAGACGUGCUGGAGCAGCUCAACGUGUUGAACAGGGCAUUCCAGCAGCGAGAGCUUGACACCGCAGGUGUCCAUGCGCAGAUCAGGAGGUCCCUGUCGUUCCUCGAGUCCCGCUAUGUCGACUGUGGUGACGACUUCGGAGGCGGGAUGAGCGCGCGCCUCUCCCCGUUCAUCAAGAAGCACGGGCCUGAGGGGGGCCGCCCCGAGGUGAAGGUGCAGGGAGUGGACUUGGACGGUCGGCCGACUACACACACCUUCCAGCUGCACGAGAACCCAACCGAAGAUUACCCAACCCUCGGCACUCACGACGCCUGCGUCGAUCUCUGCACCACGUUCGCCGAAACGCUCGUGCGAAACCUCAGCAGGCGGUUCAAGGACUUGGACUCCCUGGUGGGAGUGAGGCUCUUCAUGCCAGACGAGUGGGAGCUUGGGAGAGCGGAGCGCCACAAGCAGUGUCUAGAGUGGCUCAUGUCACUCGUGACGCUGUUCACAGCACAGGAGAUGGACUACAUCAUUCCAGGCUCUCUAAUCCCCUCUCUCUCUCCCUUCUGUCUUAUCUGGCAGGGACCGACAAGCGGCGGGUGA